AUGGGUAGGUACUAUUUGCUCGACUUCAAUGAUGCUUCGACCCCAAACGGCGUCACAGCACUGCAAACAAGAUUUCUUAAUAGCAGCGACGGCUUCGUGGGAUCAUGCAAUGGCUUCCUCUGUUUAUACAACAAGGAGAGAAACCGUCUAGGUUUUUUCAUUUCUAAUCCCAUCACCGGUGAGAGUCUAGCUCUUCCGAAAGCUAUGAAGCCAAACGAUCCUCCUCCCAUUUACUGUGGGCCUUCUGCAGAUGCCAUCACUCAUGAAAAUUUGGCUUUUCUAGAUUCUUUUCGUCCAAAGUCUGUUGAGGAACUUGUGUUUCAAUCUUGUUCUGCAUUUGGGUUUGGGUUUAGUCCAAUAAGUGACGUUUAUAAAGUAGUUGUCUUUACUAAAUCAACGUUAUUUGAAGUUAAGUCUCCUCGUGAGUUUCGGCUUAGUCGUGGACCUGAGAAGGUGACUGUUUUGACUGUUGGUUCUGGGAGCUGGAGACAUAUUGAGGACUCUGUUAUGGGAGAAUUUGACCAUCAAUCAGGAAUUUUUCUUAAUGGAUAUCUUCAUUGGAUCGGUAGAACUACACUGGUUGGGUCUCGUUUUAUAUAUGCCUUUUGUAUUGAAAGUGAGAGUUUCAAAGAGUUGCCACUACCACCUUGGACUGUUGAUAGCAACAAAACUAGAUGUAACCUUGGAGUCCUGAACGGUUGUCUCUCUAUAAUUGUUGAUUUAGAUUGUAAUGUCAAUGUCUGGGUGAUGAAGGACUACGGUGUUAAGGAGUCUUGGGCCAAAGAACUUGACAUUAGAGUGGAAUAUGGUGCAGCGUCUUGUUUAUCUACUCAAGCUUUGAAUUUUUCAAAAGAACGGCAAGUGUUGUUGUUACAGAAUAGGUUGCAGGCGCAUAUUCCUGGAAGCAGGGGCUUUGUGGGGAUUGAGGUCGAUGGGAUGAAUUCUUCCAUUGACGCUUCAUGUCUCUAUGUUCCAAGCUUUGUUUCGCUGAAAGUUGUCUUUGGGGAUCAGAACUUGGAGGUGAAAAAGGAUCUUCAAGGUAAGGAGUCCUGGAAUAAAGAGCUUGACAUUAUAUUGGAUUUGCAUUCAGGGUUUGGUUCUUCAACUCAAGUUUUGAAUUCUACAAAGGAACGGCAGGUGUUGUUGUUACAGAAUAGGUUGCAGACUCAUAAUAUCCAAUUUCUCCUAAAGCCUGGUAGAUCUGAAAAAUUGAGGGUUAGAGAAGCUGGUGAGUUGCAACAACUAGCACCAAACGAGACAAAGCUCGGUAUGACCGGCACUUCAGAAGACCAAUCUGUCACAAGUCAACGAGGGCAAGGUAAUGUGAAAGCUAAUGCAGUGGAUCAUGGGAAUGCAGAAGCAGAUCAACAAAAUCUGCUAUGUAAAGCUAGUGGAUUGAAUCAAGGGAUUGUGCGAUCUAAAGCUGCAGUAGUUGAACAUAAACAACAGGCCAUUAGAGUACCAAGCAAGGCAGAAACCACACAUAGAGCUCGACCAAUGCAAGACUCUGCAUCAUCAUUAUCAUCCCUGCCAACACAGCCAUCUGUUUCACAGCCAUUAACUGGAAAUCAGUUUAUUCAUCCCAUAACCAAAGAAAGAAGACCAAGUUGCCUGUAA